CUUGGCAUCGUAACGUUACUGUCUCACGCAGCAGUGCUAUCGAGCUAGCUAGGCUAUUAGCUAGUCUUCCGAUAUUGUAGCUGAGACGCACCGGCUACAACAACAUUACGGUGCUGUAUUGAGUCAUACCUCUGCCUAAAUUUAAGACAAAGAGUUGUAUCUAAUUGAAGGAACUGAAAUAUAGAUCUUCAAUAAACUAAUUGAAGAUGAUUAAGCUAUUUUCUCUGAAGCAGCAGAAGAAAGACGAGGAAUCUGCUGGAGGAAACAGAACAGGAGCCGGGGGUAAAAAAGCAAGCGCGGCCCAGCUUCGAAUACAGAAAGACAUCAAUGAGCUGAACCUCCCAAAGACGUGCGAGAUCGUCUUCCCCGACCAAGAUGAUCUGCUCAACUUCAAACUGAUCAUCUCACCAGACGAGGGCUUUUACAAAGGGGGAAAGUUUGUCUUCAGCUUUAAGGUAGGACAGGGCUACCCUCAUGACCCCCCGAAGGUGAAGUGUGAGACAAUGGUGUACCACCCAAACAUUGACUUGGAGGGCAAUGUCUGCCUAAAUAUCUUGAGAGAGGACUGGAAGCCUGUGUUGACAGUUAACUCCAUCAUAUAUGGACUACAGUAUCUAUUUCUAGAGCCAAAUCCAGAGGACCCCUUGAACAAAGAGGCGGCGGAGGUCCUGCAGACGAACCGACGGCUCUUUGAGCAGAAUGUCCAGCGGUCGCUGCGGGGGGGCUAUGUGGGCGCCACGUAUUUUGAGCGAUGUCUCAAAUAGCUCCUCGCCCAUGUUGCUUUAAUUUUUUCCCCCCCAAGACGCAUUACCGUUUACACACGCUGAGAUACUGACUGACACACAGACUUGAGUGGUCGGGGAGGGAGGGGGUCGAUGGGGCCGGGAGUGGGAAGUAUGGUGGGAGUUUCACCCGGGGGAAGGGGGGGGAUCCGAAGGUAAAGAUGACAGGUUUGGAUGGUCAGUGAAUGUCGCUCAGAGAAUCGGUAUAUGCCACUUUGCUGAUGCCCACAGUUGUUAUUUUGCGGAGAUAGACAUGCCAACUGAUUCUCCAGCUCGCGGACAAGGACAAAAACACACAGACGAGAUACGCACUUAGACAUACAGACAUCUUACUCACUUUUACAAAAGGAUUGCGUUGUAUGUUUUGAACGCUAUGCGAGCGCCUCUCGAUUACUGGAGCUCUGAACCUGACGGACCGCACCCAUGCUUGGUGGCAAAACGUAUAAUAUACACACACACGCCUCAACAACAUGCCUACUGACACGCAAGGCAUAUGCUAUCACAUGCACACACGUGUUUCAGACAGGUACACAUACCAACCCAGACGUAUAAUACAGACAAUAGACACACACUGGCAAGAGGACUGAUGCUCGGACUGACAGACAGGACGACCGGACGGACGCAGACAUAGAUUGACAGGAUCAGUAAUGCAGGCAGGGCUGUUGUGGGAUUGGGAGAUCUUUUUUGUUUUGUUAUGGUUUUCUGGGUGGGGUGGCCGUUAGAUUUCAUUGGGUAGGGAGGGGGGUGGGGGCUUACAAUGUUACAAUUCUAUUGUGUAUAUUGAAAUCCCAGCUGUUCACAAUGACUGCAAUAUGAAUUAUGUUAAAUAAAAUAUGAACUUGAA